AUGAUAAGAGAUGAUGGGCUUCAUUUAUUUGCUUUCUUCUUUCAUUAUUACAUAUUGUCAACAAUGUCGCAAGCCGAAUUCGAUCAAGCCGCGGCCGAUGUCAAAAAUCUUUCCAAAAAGCCAUCUGACGAUCAACUGUUGAAGCUUUACGGUCUCUUUAAACAAGCAACUGCUGGUGAUAAUAACACAAGCAAGCCUGGUAUGCUUGAUCUUAAAGGUAAAGCCAAAUGGGAAGCUUGGAACAGCAACAAAGGCAAAGAUCAAGCAACUGCCCAACAGGAAUACGUCGCUCUAGUUCGUCAAUUACAAAGUCAAUAG